AUGACGCUCCAAACGCUUGCUAUCGCCGUCGUUACGGUCGUAUACUUGAUCAUCCGCUAUUUGAACCGCACCGACGUGCCUAAGAUCAAAGGGCUGCCUGAGAUCCCUGGUGUUCCUCUGUUCGGCAAUCUUCUACAACUGGGCGACCAACAUGCUACAGUAGCUGGGAAAUGGGCUAAGAAGUUCGGGCCAGUGUUCCAGGUGCGCAUGGGAAACAAGCGAAUUGUAUUUGCCAAUAGCUUCGACUCGGUGCGGCAGCUGUGGAUCAAGGAUCAGUCGGCUCUUAUCUCGCGGCCGACUUUCCACACCUUCCACAGUGUCGUUUCGAGCUCCCAGGGUUUCACUAUCGGCACAUCCCCUUGGGAUGAAUCCUGCAAACGCCGUCGCAAGGCGGCUGCGACCGCACUCAACCGUCCUGCCGUGCAGUCAUACAUGCCUAUUAUUGACCUCGAAGCCAACUCCAGCAUUAAGGAGUUGUAUCGCGAUAGCAAGAACGGCACGAUUGACAUCAACCCCACCGCAUACUUCCAACGCUUUGCCCUCAAUACUAGUUUGACUCUGAACUAUGGUUUCCGUAUUGAAGGAAAUGUGGAUGACCAGCUAUUGAAAGAGAUCGUCGAUGUGGAGCGUGGCGUGUCCAAUUUCCGCAGCACCUCGAACAAUUGGCAAGACUAUAUCCCAUUGCUGCGCAUUUUCCCCAAGAUGAACAACGAAGCGGAGGAAUUCCGAGCUCGUCGCGAUAAAUACCUCACUUUCCUUCUUGACAUGCUUAAGGACCGCAUCGCGAAAGGCACUGACAAGCCAUGCAUCACGGGUAACAUUAUCAAGGAUCCUGAAGCCAAGUUGAAUGACGCGGAGGUCAAAUCGAUCUGUCUGACCAUGGUGUCGGCUGGCCUGGAUACUGUUCCUGGUAAUUUGAUCAUGGGUAUUGCGUACUUGGCAUCCGAGGAUGGCAUCCGGAUUCAGAAGAAGGCCUACGAGGAAAUCAUGCAAGUUUACCCUAACGGGGAUGCCUGGGAAAAGUGUCUGGUGGAAGAAAAGGUUCCCUACGUGACUGCCUUGGUCAAGGAGACUUUACGGUUCUGGACCGUUAUCCCCAUCUGCCUUCCCCGAGAGAGCACCAAAGACAUCGUGUGGAAUGGAACCACAAUUCCCGCUGGCACAACUUUCUUUAUGAAUGCAUGGGCCGCCGACUACGACGAGGACCACUUUAAACAAGCGGACAAGUUCAUCCCGGAGCGCUACCUUGAGCUCGGUGAUGGUUCUGGCACCCCUCAUUAUGGAUAUGGCGCUGGGUCGCGCAUGUGUGCUGGCUCCCACCUGGCGAACCGUGAACUUUACACGGCUUUCAUUCGCCUGAUCACGGCAUUCGAGAUGCACCCGCCUAAGCAAUCAAGCGACCGUGCCGUUUUGAAUGCGAUCGAGUGCAAUGCUAUCCCCACUGCCUUGACAACUGAGCCAAAGCCAUUCAAGGUUAGUUUCAUUCCACGAGAUGCCAAGAAGCUUGAGCAGUGGAUUUCCGAGAGCGAUGAGCGAACAAAGGAUCUGUGA